AUGUCCUCGCCAUCGAACUCAAAUCUCACAAUCGAGCCUCCGUAUACCGCUUCCGUGGCCCCACGCAAUCGCAUCUUCGUCUCACAAAUCUUCGUGCAAGAUCAUCGUAUGCAAAUUCGAAUGCUGUCGCUUGACACCCGCAUGGAGGGGCAGACUGUGCAUACGAUGAGGAACGUGGUUCCACGCGGGAUGCUGGGCCAUCGUCCGAGGCCCAUCAGACCUUGUCGCUCUUGUAACAUCAAACUUGAACCCCCUCCAUUCGCCUCUGACCCGUCGCCGAUGCCGAUAUCUCCACCCCAUUCAACGACGACCACACGGCCAACGCCGACGUUUAACACUUCGCCUGAAACACGGACUUUGCCCACGCCGCCCACGUUUAAGGAUGAACUCGGCGACCAAAUGCAGGAUCGACCGCUCUGUUGGACGAUGCGAGACGGAACCUUUGGUCGGGCUUUAGGCACGGACUCGGAGUGGGGCAUAUCGAGGGACCCUCAGCCUCCAACAUCUGCCUUCUUUUGA